AUGGUUCAGUUGGCGAAGGUCCAGAAGAAGCUGAGAUUCUUUCGCACCGGAUUCUAUAUCACCCAUGCCUUCCAAGCUUUGUUCUUCGCGUUGUGGUUCUUCCGCGACGGCGACGCACCACACCCGCACGCCACAUAUCGCGAUAUUGAGUGGAGUGGUCUCCUAGGCGAGGACUGGAACGGGAUUGUUCCCAAUGGAAUCGGGUACCCAUUAAAGCUGACCUACUGGGGUCAAGACCACCCUUACUAUAUGCCCGAGAACAUAUUCGACGACUUUGACAAGUCAAUGGCUAUGAUCAAUCACUGGAAGCAUAUGCAUAAUAGCUCCAGCAUAUUUAUCAGGCCAGAUGAGCCCCGUGCCAAGCGAAUCAAGCCCGAUGGCAAUAUCGCCGAGUUGCCACCGUUCUGGCCUUGGGAUCCCCUUGAAGACGGCAGGGAGCUCUACGCCAUUCGCGGCUUCCACCAAAUGCAUUGCAUAUUUGUUAUCUCCGAAGAGUUUACCUACCAUUACGGGCGAACCAACGACUCGCUCUGGACGGCCGGACAUGUGGCACACUGCAUCAACACCCUUCGCGACGCCAUCAUGUGCAUGGCGGAUGCCCAGCCCUUGUCAUAUGUCAACGGUUACAAGAACGGCCACGCAACGGAUGAUCAGGCCAUGAUGUGCAGAGACUGGGAGGAAUUGCACAAGUUCGUCACUGACCCUGCGAGGGGAUUGCGGAUCAAGAAUAUCGCGCCUGCCGGAAGCAAGAACGAGAAGAUGGCCCCCAUCAUACCUUAUCCUCACUUGACUGACCCAGAGCUGAGGGGCAUAGCGUGA